AUGGCCCAAGGGCGACAAGCAACGAAAAAGUCUGUCGAUACGUUACAAGCCAUACCAACACAAACGCACAUGGCCUUGGUCGAACUGCAGGAGAGAGGCAUACUGAAGGGGCUUAUCAGCCAAAACUGCGAUGGGCUGCACCGUCGAAGUGGGAUACGCGCUGACAUGAUCUCGGAGUUACAUGGAAAUACGAACAUCGAGCAUUGCAAGCAGUGUGGCAAGGAGUUUCUUCGUGAUUUCUAUGCCGUUGCACUUGAUAAUCGACCCCUCCACGACCACCGAACCGGCCGCAAAUGCCCUAUCUGCAUCACGCAACCUCUUCAUGACACCAUCAUACACUUUUCUGAAGACCUACCUCUCGCCCCCUGGACCCGAGCUGAAGCAAACUGCGAGAAAGCCGACCUCUGUCUCGUCCUUGGCUCUUCCCUAACCGUAACACCGGCAAACGAACUACCCCAGCUUGUUGGCGAGCGUGCCGCAGCCCAGAAAAAGAGUCGAGGCAAUCAGGACGCCAACACAAACCUCGUCAUUUGCAACCUUCAAGACACUGACCUCGAUUAUCUCUGCCUGAACCCAGACCACCGCAUCUUUGCAAAGGCGGACGACUUGAUGCAGCAGGUCAUGCAUUAUCUCCAGUUACCUAUUCCGGAGUUUCACGUGCGACAAAGGUUGAUUGUGGAAACAGACGUGGAUGCGGACCCUGCAGGAGGCAGGCAUACCGUCACUGUCAAGGGAGUGGACGAGGAUAAUACCACACCGGCCAGCUUUCUGAGAACCGUCAAGCUCGUGACAGCCCGCGGGAGGCCACGCAUGGUCAAGACAGAGCCGUUUGUGCUUGGGUGGAGGGGCAUGCUUGGAGAGUUGGAGGAGGAGGCCUUGCAGAGUAAUGCUUCCGAUUGGGAACACAAAGAUGCAGUCAUGUCAGUGUCGGAGGUACUGACUCUGGGUUUGGAAUUCAUGGGCAACUACGGGGAGCCCAGCUAUGAGCUACAACACACCGUCCAGGCAAGCCUUCCGCAGUGCGGUGCAGCAGCGCAAGGCCCACGUAUGGUGACUCGUACCAGCUAUAAUCUUAUUUAUAACCCGCAGAAUGGAGAAUGGACUGUCAACUUGCAUAGCAGCUCGCGGAAUUAG